AUGUUUGCUAAUGAUACAUGUAACAAGACAGAUGGAGACAAUACAGAUUUUCGGUACUUUAUUUAUGCAGUGACAUACACUGUCAUCCUUGUGCCUGGUCUCAUUGGGAACAUAUUAGCCUUGUGGGUAUUUUAUGGUUAUAUGAAAGAAACCAAACGGGCUGUGAUAUUUAUGAUAAAUUUAGCUAUUGCUGACCUGUUACAAGUUCUCUCUCUCCCACUGAGAAUCUUUUACUACUUGAACCAUGACUGGCCAUUUGGGCCUGGCUUCUGCAUGUUUUGUUUCUACCUGAAGUAUGUUAACAUGUAUGCUAGCAUCUACUUCUUGGUGUGCAUCAGUGUGCGACGAUUUUGGUUUCUCAUGUACCCCUUUCGCUUCCAUGACUUCAAACAGAAAUAUGACUUGUACAUCAGUGCUGUUGGCUGGCUGGUCAUCUGUCUUGCCUGUCUACUCUUCCCUCUCCUCAGAACCAGUGAUGACACACCAGGCAACAGAACCAAAUGUUUUGUGGAUCUUCCUACCAGAAAUGUGAAUCUGGCUCAGUCUGUAGCCAUGGUGACUGUUGGAGAAUUAAUUGGUUUUGUUACUCCACUUUUGAUUGUCCUAUAUUGUACCUGGAAGACAGUUAUAUCAUUGCAAGAUAAAUACCCCAUUUCUCAGGACCUUGGAGAGAAAAAGAAAGCCUUGAAAAUGAUUCUUACCUGUGCAGGAGUAUUUCUCAUUUGCUUUGCACCUUAUCACUUCAGUUUUCCUUUAGAUUUCCUGGUGAAAUCCAAUGAAAUUAAGAGUUGCCUGGCCAGAAGAGUGAUUAUAAUAUUUCAUUCUGUGGCCCUGUGUCUUGCUAGUCUAAAUUCUUGCCUUGACCCAGUCAUAUAUUAUUUUACCACUAAUGAGUUCAGAAGACGUCUUUCAAGACAUGAUUUACAUGAUAGCAUCCAACUUCAUACAAAAUCAUUUGUGAAUAACCAUACCACUUCUACAUUGGCAACUGAACUAUGUUAA